AUGCACAUCAUCACCAUCCAAGAUUCGUUUGAGGCCGUUAUCAGCGACGUGUCUGCAGGAAUCGUGCUGUCGGAGCUGUUCUGGAUAGCACGUCGCCGCGGCCAGAACGAGGCCCAAGAACUACAUCACAUCACGGUGUCUAACAAUGGCAGUGUGGAGUUUUCUGGAUCGGUUCAGUUUGAGCGCCAGUCGUCUGGUACGUACCGCGUGGCGUUUGGAAAUGAUGCCUACACGUUGGUGACGCCAGUAGCCACCGUGAAAACCACUUCCGACGAUGUCACUGCUGUGGCAAUUACAAGCGAUGGAUCUCGUCUUGUAGUGGGCUCAGCCAGCGGCAGCAUCGCCACCUACGACACGGCCACGAAAACACCGAUCGGGCUGAUCCGACAUGCGCAUUUGCUUGCGGUCUCGGGCGUGUACGUUUUCCCGUCAGACAAAGUUGUGCUCAGCACAGGAGACGAUUUCCUGGCCAAGUUAUGGCCCAUGCCGGGCACGCCGGAGGCUUCUCAGGCUGCAACUUCUGAUAGCACAACGAAAGAAUUUUCCGACAGCGCCACAUCUGACGAAACUAAGAUUCUGGUGCCUGCCGACACCGUCGAAGCUACGCGCACGUUCCGCCACCAGAAAAAGGCCAUCACGGGCGCAGUACUUAUCGGGCGCGGCCGCAAUUUCGCCACAGCGUCGCUUGACGGCUCGGUGGAUUUGUGGGAGUGUGGAUCGGGCGCCGUGGUGUCGACUUUCCGCCGCAUUGCUUCGCCUGAAGAUCCGGCGCAGUGUUUGGCCAUUGGCACUUGUGACGCUCCAGUGGCGCCUCAAGAUCGUGUGAAGGGCGAGCUCCUUUUCGACUGCGACUCUGCUGCUCUCUACGUGGGCUAUGCUUCGGGAACUGUGCAGCAGUACAACAUCGCCGGCCACUUUCAAACGCCACACCGUCUUUCGCUUGACCUGCCCAUUUCGGCUAUAGCCGUAUGCGGAGCAUGGGUCGUGGUCGGCACUUCAGACGGCCGCUUGGUUAUGUGGAACCCGCUGACCGAUUCUCAGCACGCAUUGGAGUUGGAUAUGAGCGAACCAAUUGAACACAUUGCGGCACAUCAACAGGGACAGCUGGUGGUUGUGGUUUUAAGCAAUGGGCCAGAGUCGCUUCUCCGCGUGACUUUCGACGCUCCAAACUUUAGCUACGAGUACUUGGUGGGGCUUUCGGAGCUCUUCCGUGUGCGUCUGGUGCACAGCAAUGGAACAACUCUAGUGGUGGCGACACAGGACGAGCUAGCUUUCUUUGGAGUCGAAAAGUAG